UCAUGGUUUUUGGUUUUUUCUCUUAGAAAUCAAAACUAACCAGACCGUCUUGUUUACAAGAGUCCGAAAGCUAUAGUAUAUUUUUUUAGUGAGAAGGGUUGCUUCUUUUGUUUAGAUCGAUCACUACUGCUCAAUACCCGCCCGACUUGGGUUUUCUCUCUUGCUGUCUUUUGGCGCAAUCGGACUGACUAUACUUAGUCUUGCGCUUCUGUUUGUUUGUUUGUACAGUUUCUUUGAGUUUCCAAAACUAGUGUUUGUCUGCGGCUAGAUUACAAGGGAACAGGUUUGAGAUCCAGAAAUGAUGUCCGGUGAUGGUUAUUCACUUAUACCUUCCUCUGCCAUUGAAGGGUUUGAUCAUCAAUUGAACCCAGAAAACCCUACUCAGAAGUCAAAUCCUGUUGUCAAGAAGAAGCGGAAUCUACCAGGAACACCAGAUCCAGAUGCCGAAGUUAUUGCCUUAUCUCCCACCACACUUAUGGCAACGAACAGAUUCAUCUGCGAGAUAUGCAACAAGGGUUUCCAAAGGGACCAGAACUUACAGCUUCAUAGAAGAGGGCACAAUCUUCCAUGGAAGCUGAGACAAAGGACGAACAAGGAUGUGAUCAAGAAGAAGGUGUACAUUUGCCCGGAAAAGACCUGUGUCCAUCAUGAUCCUUCUAGAGCUCUCGGGGACCUCACCGGAAUCAAGAAGCAUUUCAGCAGGAAACACGGCGAGAAGAAGUGGAAGUGUGAGAAGUGUUCAAAGAAAUACGCAGUUCAAUCGGAUUGGAAAGCUCACUCCAAGACGUGCGGGACUCGAGAGUACAAGUGCGACUGUGGCACUCUAUUUUCCAGGAAAGACAGCUUCAUCACACAUCGAGCAUUUUGUGAUGCCCUAACUGAAGAGAGUGCUAGGCUCACUUCAGCUGCCGCAGCUGCUACAAAUCUUAACUUCGGAAAUGAUCCUACAGUAAACAACACCACGAUUAAUUCUCAAGCAGUUCAUGAUGUUUCUCAAAUGUCUCAGUUCGAGAAGCCUAGCAGAUUGUCGAUUUGGCUGAACCAGCAGCCGAACAAUCUGAAUGUAAUGGACGUGGCAGCCGCAAAUCCUAAUAAUCUUUAUGAUAUGGUGCAAAUGGGAUCUGCCGCUAGUCUUUUCGGGUCAAAUUCCAUGUCUAACUUCGGUGCUUCCACUUCAACAAGUUCGGCGAAUCUCUCGUUAUCAUCACCGAUGGGACUAAAAGAUCAAGAAGGAAGAAAUAUCAAAGCCAGUAUUUUAAGGAAGCCACCACCAGCGCCCAUGUCAGCCACAGCGCUUCUACAGAAAGCCGCGCAGUUGGGUUCUACUCGAAGCAGUAACCAGCCGCUUUCCGGCAGCAGCGUAGGCGUAAUGACCUCGCCUUCUUCCUCGAACACAUUGGACUUCAACAGCAGGUCAAAUGAGCUUAACCAGCUUUUUCAGCCGAGCAAUAAUACUUCAUCAAAUCUGGUUAGCUCAUUAAGCUGUUCAUCGAAUAGUUCUAGUCUCGAACAGCUCAUGAAACUUGGUGGCGCGAACUCGAAUGGGAUUGAUCAUCAGAAUAGUCUAACUCGAGACUUUUUGGGCGUGGGAGACCGUGUAACUCAUAAUAGGCAAGUCUUGCCACAUGAGCUAGCCAAGUUCGGCUUGAUUAGUUCAGCUGCUAUGGGAUUAAGUCCGUUCACUGGCAACCACUGAAGUCAUUAUCAGAAAUCAAUUAAACCGAGUCCGGCAUCGAUGAGUUGGGACCAAAUUGAAUAAAACCUGAUCGGUCAGCUAGCUAGGGACCGCAAAGCUGAAUAAGAGAGAGACCUAAGGUUGCGCUGCAGCCUGAGAAAAAUAGACCCACAGAGGGGUUGAGCUGCUCAGAUGGUGGCCCCGCCGGGGCAUGGCGGAAAUUACCGAACGAAGAGCGAUACUCCGAGUCAUGAUGAUGUGUAAACUAUUUGGACCCGUUUUGGUUGCUGUGUUCGUUGUUUUUUCUUCUGUAUGUUUAGCCUGCUGUUGUUUUAUGCAUGAUUGAAUUCUAUUUCUUAUCUUUUGAAAUGGACACGGAAAAUUACGUGA